AUCAAUGAGGUAUCGCGAGAGAAAGAGCUGCUUUUCUCUCCCGCCGAAUUCAGGUUUUUGGCCAAGUGGGUUCUCAGAGGCGAGCAAAGCUGGUGUUGUUGCUUUUCUUCUCACGAAUCUCCCUCCUUCUUCCUGGAAUUUGGAAUCGAGUUUUCUGACAUAUUUGAGCACAGGACCCAGGGGUACUUGGAGAGAGAACUGGUUCUGGAGGAGCUGGACAGACCAUAGAAAUGAGUCCUGCAGAUGCCCUUGACGAUGAAAAUACAUUUAAAAUCUUAGUUGCAACAGAUAUUCAUCUGGGAUUUAUGGAAAAAGAUGCAGUCAGAGGAAAUGAUACAUUUGUAACAUUUGAUGAAAUUUUAAAACUUGCUCAGGAAAAUGAUGUGGACUUUAUUUUGCUAGGUGGUGAUCUUUUUCAUGAAAAUAAACCCUCAAGAAAAACAUUACACACCUGCCUUGAGUUACUAAGAAAAUACUGCAUGGGAGAUCGUCCUGUACAGUUUGAAAUUGUCAGCGAUCAGUCAGUCAACUUCGGUUUUAGUAAGUUUCCAUGGGUGAACUACCAAGAUAGCAAUCUCAACAUCUCAAUUCCAGUGUUUAGUAUUCAUGGCAAUCAUGAUGAUCCCACGGGGGCAGAUGCGCUCUGUGCUCUGGAUGUUUUAAGUUGUGCUGGACUUCUAAAUCACUUUGGACGUUCAAUGUCUGUGGAGAAGAUAGACAUUAGUCCAGUUUUGCUUCAAAAAGGAAGCACAAAAAUUGCUCUUUAUGGCUUAGGCUCCAUUCCAGACGAAAGGCUCUAUCGAAUGUUCGUCAAUAAAAAAGUAACAAUGUUGAGACCAAAAGAAGACGAGAACUCUUGGUUUAACUUAUUUGUGGUUCAUCAGAACAGGAGUAAGCACGGAAGUACUAACUUCAUUCCAGAACAGUUUUUGGAUGACUUCAUUGAUCUUGUUAUCUGGGGCCAUGAACAUGAGUGUAAAAUAGCUCCAACCAAAAAUGAACAGCAACUCUUUUAUGUAUCACAGCCUGGAAGUUCAGUGGUUACUUCUCUUUCCCCAGGAGAAGCUGUAAAGAAACACGUCGGGUUGCUGCGUAUCAAAGGGAGGAAGAUGAAUAUGCAGAAGCUUCCUCUUCACACAGUGCGGCAGUUUUUUAUGGAAGAUGUUGUUCUGGCUGCCCAUUCAGACAUUUUCAACCCCGAUAAUCCUAGAGUAACCCAAGCCAUACAAAACUUCUGCCUGGAGAAGAUUGAAGAAAUGCUUGAAAAUGCAGAACGGGAACGUCUGGGAAAUCCUGUCCAGCCAGGGAAGCCUCUUAUACGACUGCGAGUGGACUACAGUGGAGGUUUUGAACCUUUCAGUGUUCUUCGCUUUAGCCAGAAAUUUGUGGAUCGGGUAGCUAAUCCAAAAGAUGUCAUCCAUUUUUUUAGGCAAAGAGAACAAAAAGAAAACACAGGAGAAGAAAUCAACUUUGGGAAGUUCAUCACAAAACCUUCAGAGGGAACAACUCUAAGGGUAGAAGACCUUGUGAAACAGUACUUUCAAACUGCAGAGAAGAAUGUGCAGCUCUCACUUCUAACAGAAAGGGGAAUGGGUGAAGCAGUACAAGAAUUUGUGGACAAGGAAGAGAAGGAUGCCAUAGAGGAAUUAGUGAAAUAUCAAUUGGAAAAAACACAACGAUUUCUUAAAGAACGUCAUAUUGAUGCCCUGGAAGAUAAAAUUGAUGAAGAGGUACGUCGUUUCAGAGAAAGCAGACAAAAGAACACUAAUGAAGAAGACGAUGAAGUUCGAGAGGCCAUGAUGCGGGCCAGGGCCCUCAGAUCUCAGGCAGAGGAUGCUGCCUCUGCCUUUAGUGCUGAGGACCUUAAGAGUAUAGAUUUGGCAGAACAGAUGGCCGAUGACUCUGAUGACAGCAUCACAGCAGCAGCCAACAAAGGAAGAGGCCGCGGAAGAGGCCGGAGAGGAGGAAGAGGGCAGAGUUCAACAUCGAGAGGAGGGCCUCAGAGAGGAAGAGCAGGCACUGGUCUGGAGAUUUCUACUCAAAGCAGAAGUUCAAAGGCCACUGUGUCAACGUCUAGAAACAUGUCUAUUAUAGAUGCCUUUAAAUCUACAAGACAGCAGCCAUCCCGAAAUGUAGCUACUAAGAAUUAUUCAGAGGUGAUUGAGGUAGAUGAGUCAGAUGAGGAAGAAGACAUUUUUCCUACCACUUCAAAAACAGAUCAAAGGUGGUCGAGCACUUCCAAGUCGAGCACUUCCAGGUUGAGCAGAGGCGCGUCCCAGAGCCAAAUCACUAAAGGGGUUGAUUUUGAAUCAGAUGAGGACGAUGAUGAUGAUCCUUUUAUGAACCUUAGUUCUUUAAGAAGAAACAGAAGAUAAUGUGUUUAAUGGCAGUUGGAAGUUUUCAAGAUUCAGGAAAAAUCAAAACAUUGCAAACCAAGAAUUUACCAGUUGAAGAUUUUUUUUGAGUAUUGCUGUUAACUGAAGAAUUUGAAUGAGUCUUACUUCACAGAGAAACCAACAUAUAAAAAUUUAUGUUUUUGAAUAUCAUUUCCUGAACAUGACUCCAUUACUUGAGAAACUUCCCAGCUCGAGGCCAUUUUCCAGCAUAGGUUCUCCUUAUUUUUUUAAUCUGGAUGUUAACAUCACCUGCUCUAUAAAUGCUCUAUAAAACUUGGAAUGUUAUUUUCCUGUCUCGUAUUAGUAUUUAUGUCUUACUGGUGAGAGCUUUGCUUAAAUAUUCUUGAGUAAAGACUGAAAUGAACCUACCAUUAUACACUUGUGCUUCACAAUCAAAGACUAGGUUAGUAUUUUAAGGUGGUUACAUUUAGCCAGAGUUGAGGAAAAGAGAUUAUAGAAUCUAACCCUUUUUUAAUUUUAGUAUCUAGACAUCUUGGAUUUCCUGAAGGUAAAACAAUAUAUGAAACGGUGCCUAAGCUCAGUUUGUUACUGAGUAUAUGUUCUUUUUUCUGAUGUCUGUGAUAGUAUUAGUCAGAGACUUUGAAUGAUUAUAUAUCCCUUAUACUUUGAAUAAUUAGAUAUAAGUUUGUAUUAAGAAAUCAACCAUCUCAGUUGCUGAGUUUUUUAUUCCAGUUAUAGCAGAUUUCAAAAGAUUGUGUUCCCACUGAAUGGUAGUAAUUUUAUCCAUUAUUUUCCAUUAUUAAUAUUUCUCUCUCUCAUCUUUCUAGGAGGAAAAGGUUAAAGGUUAAAAUAAUAUAACUGUACCUUCUUAGAAAAUAUUGAAGAAUUUUUAUUUUUUUUGAUAGAGUGGUCAGUUGAACCUUAUGGUUAUAUUAGAUUAAAAUAUUGAAAUAUAACCUCUGUGGAUUAUCAGUGCCAGGAUUUCUCAUUAAUAAUAUUUUAUCUUAACAUUGGGCACAGGCAGUUUCAGGAAUCUUCGUGCAGCAGUUCAUGUUACAUUCUCUUACCUGUAUUCAGGGGGACGUUAGGAAUUUGACCCCUUCAGACUUAAAUUCAACAGUCCCACUCUUUAAAAAAAGACUGUUAAAACACCCCUGAGAGUCUUCCUUCUGUUCAUCUUACCAUGGAGCUUAAGGUAAGCUCCUUAAGGACGUAAUUGAUCUUGGUGGUCAAACAGCCUGACAUUUCUUCAUCUGCGGGAACAAACACUAGACUGAGUGAUACUCCUGAUUAUUAGCAGAGUCAUAUUUCGAAUGCCAAACCAUAACAGACAACAUUCACAUAGUGGCCACCUCUAUAUUGUAGCCCUCUGAAAGGCCCUAUGUCAAAAACUGUGAUAUAACAUUAGUUUCUUUAAAAAUGUGUUCUGUAGCUCACUUGAGCACAAGGAUUAUUAGACGGUGGUGUUAACUCAGCAGAAGUCGCUGUUCUGUGAAAUAGUCUCAGGUACGUCUGCCCGCAUCUUUAAUAUUCCCAGUAUUUGAGUGAAGCCAAAGUGAAAUCAGGAGUAAGAGUUGCCAUCCUUGGUGGGUGGACGCCAGUCCGGGUGGUUGUCUCUGGGCGAUGCAGCGCUACCCCUGCCCAGGGCAGAUUCCGCUAAUGGCUCCCCUCACCUGCCACCUGCCGCCAAGCUGGCGGGGUGAGGGGCGUGUGAAGGAGACGGUCACUGAAGCAUCAUGACAGGUUCCUGAGAAAAAAAAAAAAUAAGGCUUUCUCCCUUUCUAAAAACUGCUCUACAGCAUGAAAGCGGUACUAAAAGUGAUGCAGUUAGCUCCUGGGAAAAGUGAUUCCACGGCAGCAAGAGAGGGUGAAAUUCUCCUCAGGUCAUUUUGUGGAUACUGUGUGUCACUUCCUGGAAAAUACAGUAAAUGAAACUUGAAAGAAAAGCCUUUUUGAUUAAUAAUUGUCAUGCAGUUAAAUAUGCCACUUAUCUCUGGUAUUCUGCAUCGAUGCAGUGAGGUCUAGGGUUUUGGAGACAGUUUUCAGACAUGCUGGCCUAGGUGUAUAGGGGUGGUUCCAGACGAUUCCAGAGUCCCUGCAGUUCCCUUGGAGGCCAAGAGGGCAGUGAUGAGAACAUUCAGAGGGAAAACUACUUCCAUCAUUUACCAAAGAAUAUAUCUCUUCCUGCUGUUUGUUCUACAUCAAAAAUACAAUAGUGCAUUUACAAGGUUAAGACUGAAUUGUAGUUUUAGGAAAUGCUAGGAAAUAGAACUGGUACUUCAGGCAUUUAGCCAUAUGACUUUUAAUUCGGGCAUAUAUUGGAUAUUUUUUCCCCUAAGCUUUUAAAAUUAUGAUGUACAAUAACAGAAAAGUCAUGUGGUUUAACCAAUAAUUAUAAAGUGAGCCUUAUGGUAUCUCUGUACACAUUAGGAAGCAGAAUUUCACCAGUGCCUCGGAGCCCACCACGUGUUCUGGGAAACCAGUCCUGACUUCUGCAAUUCACAAGUUCUUACUCUUGCCACAGGGUGGUACUUCCAAAUAUAAAAUUAAGAAGUCAGUGUAGUUUUGCAGUAAAUUGGGAACCUAUGCAAUAAUACUAAACCUAUGCAGUAAUACCAAAGUUCUCUUUCUAAUUUUAUAUGUAAAUUGCUUUGCAUAUUUCACCUGGCCCAGCCUGUUACUAAGGAAAUUGCCAGUUUGAGAAAUUUUACCUAUAAAGGUUCAGGAAGAAGAUGUUUUAUGUUUUAAUAAAGAGAAGAACUCUUCACUAGAAGAAUGGAAUUAAAGUCUCCCAUUGUAAAAUUUUUCUGUUGAAAUUUACUGCAUUAGAAAAUAACCUUUCCCCAAUGUAACCUCACGUCCUUUCUUGUGUCUCUUACAGGUUUAUUGCACAGUAUUUUGUGGCUUUUUGAAGGUAACUUCUAUUAGGAUUAUUACAAAAGUUUUAUAAAGAUUUGGUUUUUUGAGUCCAGAGAGCUUCCAUAUUCUCAAUGAAAAAUGUCCACAUUUGAUCAUUUGCUUAUUCAUUCCCUUGUAAUAUUUCUGAACUUAAUGUUUCAUAGCUAAGUCUGAAAAUACAGCAAUUUAUCUUGAUCUCUAGGAAGUCAGUUCACAUAACUUGCUAUUGCCAUGCAAAUUUGUAUAUUCCUACCAUGACUGAUUGCUAGAUCUGAUUUCAGCUGUUUAAAUUGUAAAGGCAGUGCAUAUUUAUUCUUCAAAAUUGAGACACUGAAAUCUUUAUCAAAACAUGUUUAUAUAGGGAAACUAUAAUCCUCUCCCCAGACAUAACCUCUCAACAAUCAGCUACGUAUUUCUCCAAUUACUUUUGGUAUGACUGCUAACAAAUAUUGUUGAAUUAGAACCCCAAAUCAUAUAGUCAAAUAUGUUAAUCACCACCUCAAAGGUAUAUGUUCACCUUGGCACUUACCUAGACAUCCUGAUUUUUCCAUGUCUUCUUUAUCAGACUCUUUUCAUGAAACCAUCAUUGUCUGUUUUGAAGGAUAAUUGCACUGCUCUCCAAUGUGUAAUUUAAAUGUUACCACUCAAUUUGGGUCAAAUAGAAGAAUAUUUAUUUAAUCUGUGUGCCUUGACGUCAUAAAUGGCAAAGUGAGAUUCAAAGGGCUCUUAGCCGGUGAUUGCCUAUAAUAGUUGAUUAGCGGAAAGAAACAAAAUGAGCAUUAGGCUGGUGUGUCCAGGCCACACUCUGUUCUGCCCAUCAGAGCCACUGCCGUCCUGAUGACUCAUGUGCAGCUACCAAGCACUAGUGCCCGAGUGCCCUCGACCUCACUGCCUGUUUAAUUUCAAGACUCUCAUGGUUGUUAUAUUUAAAAAGCACUAUUUUCUCCACUAUAAGAUUAUAAAACUAACUUCAGUCUACCUAUUAUUGCAUUUGAGCUGAUUGUGGGUUGUAUCUGGACUUUGAGCAAAUUUUGCUAGAGGCAAAAAGCCAUUCAUUGCCUAAUGGCAUGAAAGGCGGACUGCAUAUCUGCUGGUUUUUGGAGUCUGGAAAUAGGACUCAUGAAAUGACAUCACUCCGUCCAGCAUAGAUACACCUGAAAGCACCCAAUGGUUUAUCAUCCCCCAGUCUUGAUUUCUGAGGUUAUUAAUAGUGCUUUACAGCCAGCUCAUGUUUCUUAAACUUUUAAUUUGGAAAUAAUAUCAAAUAUGGAGAACUUGCAAGAAUAGCAAAGAGCUUUUUACCUUUCACCUAGAUUCACCAACUUUUAACAUUUCACCAUUUAAAAAAUUACUCUCUUUCUGUGUGUAUGUUCCAUGCAUAUAUAUUCAUUAUAAACAUGAGCAUGCACACACUUACAUAGAGCUUUUUUUUUCCAUCUUUUGAGAGUAGGUUGCAAGGGUUAAUGUUCCUUUACCCCUUAAUACCUCAGUGUAUAUUCAUGUGUCCUCAACUUACUCCCUUCCGCAUUCCCUCAUCCCUUUCUCCUCUUUCUUUCGCACCACGUGGUGUCUGAGAUACAUCCAUGCUGCAGCAUGUGUCUGUACUUUGUCAUUGCUUAUAGCAGUUUCCACUGCCACCAGCCACUUUGGAGAUAGUCCCAGGUACUCCAUAUCCUUGCAAUACUUGGUAUUGUCAGUCUUUUUAAUUUUAGUCAUACUGGUAGAUGUAAAAUUGUAUCUUACUGUGGCUUUAUUUUCAUUUCUCUGAUGACUGAUGAUGUUGAGGAACAUUUCAAAUGUUUUCUGGCAAUUUUGAUACCCUCUUGUGACAUGUGUACUCAGAUAUUUUGCCCAUUUUUGAAUGGGUGGUCUGCCUUUUUCUUACUGAUUUCUGAGAUUGUAUUUUAUAUAAUUCCUUUGUUGAAUAUAUGUGUUGCAAAAC